AUGCUAACAAGACUGGCGCACUCCGAGACUUUUGAUAUCCGCUACGACAACGAGCUCGCUCAUGAGUACUACGGGGAUGGGGACAAGCUCACUAAGCGGCUCCAGGACGUCUAUAAAGACAAACACCUGGAGUUCCCCCAGUGUUUCGACUCCACAUUGACCACCCCACCCAUUCACUUCAUGUCCACAUUCUUUUGUCGUUCAUUUCAUGUCUAUCCUGUCAGACUCACUCGAGGUCUGACUUUUGCGCUUAGCGCCGGUGAUCGGGCCGAUCGCAUGGCAACCAAUUCUCCCCACCAUUCUCUGACAGACACUUCGUCCCCUAAUCCAAUCUACUAUUAUCUUCCUGUAUCAACCCCGUUCCCGGAAAUGCCCACCGCCUCAUCGCCGGCAUCAGGGCACUCGCCCUCGGUGUCCAAGCGACGUAAAAUCCGCAAGGGCACCUUCUCCUGUUGGGAGUGCAAGCAUCGGAAGCGACGCUGCGUGUUCGAGCCCCUCAAGGACUCCACUUGUGUCUAUUGCCAGUCUCGAGGUAUCCCCUGCGUCAGCCAGGAACAUGCCGAUCCACGAAGCCACAGUAGCGAUGGCCAGAUAUCGGAGCGGAUUUGCCACGUCGAAUCUCUGGUCAACCAAUUGAUUCGGCAGCGUGACAGCUGUCAGCCUCAGGUCCAGCCUGUGAUCGGGGUUCGCGACCGAGCGAGUUCCCCUCGGCCGAGAGAAGCAUCUAUAUCAUUCCCCUUUCAGCAGCUGUGCAAGUCUCUGGCGGCGUUAUUCCCUCAUCCGAACACGACCGCACUCAUCUUGACCAAGGGUCGCUUCUUCAGUCUGCCUUUCGAGACUUGUCGAUCCCCACUCCGAGACCAAUCGGCUGUCUGCUCUGGCCUAGCACAGUCUGGAGAUGUCUUCAGGCUACCAUAUUCUACUUCCCAUCCAAUCCAAUUUGCUCAGAAACUCAUACAACUUGCACUCGGUUUACAGCAGCUGGACCUCGCCUCAUGUCUACACCCACAACUGCAGCUAGAGCAAAAGUGGUCCACAGGCGACUCUGCCCGGCGCUACGUCGAUCUGGCAGUUAGUCAUGUAACAUCACAGGACGCGCUCGUAGAUUCUCUCGAUGGUCUUGACACUCUCUUACUGCAGGCCCGCUAUCACCUUAACUCUGGGGAGCUGCGCUCGGCCUGGCUUAUUUUCCGUCGUGCUUUGAGCAUCGCUCAACUGAUCGGACUUCCAAGCCGGAAUGAACAAGCCGGCAGCCGCGCGGAAUCCCUUUGGGUUCAGCUUGUAUAUAAUGAUCGGUUCUUGUCACUAAUGCUUGGGCUUCCAUGCGCGGUGAAGGAUCUCGAGCUCCUGAAUUGGCAGGCUUUAGAUACCUACCCACCUCUUAGAAAAUUAUACCGCAUCCAUUCUGUCAUCGCAGGUCGGAUAAUCGUCCGAAAUGUGCGUCUGCAGCAUUACAAUUUGUUGUCCCAAAGACAGUUGGAUACCACGUAUGAUCAUUACGGGGUGACUCGCGGCAUAAAUGAUGAACUAAGGAAGAGUGCCCGAUCAGUGCCUAUUGAUUGCUGGAAGGUCCCUACCUUGAACAAUACUUUGUUGGAUACGGAUAAGAUGGACAGGAUCUCCAUGCUUGUUACCCAGAUGCACCAAUAUUAUCUCGUGAUCCUCCUUCAUCAACCGUACUUGUUGCUGCAGCUGAGUAACCAUACAUAUUUCAGUCCAUCAGCAAUCUCACCUAUACUUCCCGACUACUCAUACAGCAGACAUGUGGUCGUCCCUGCAAGCCGUGAAGUACUGAGUCGCUGUCUCGAGUUCCGGAAUAUACGGCCUAUUCUCUCUUACCGAGGGCUUGAACAUAAAGCCUUCGUCGCAGCAGUGACCCUGCUCUUGUCUCAUAUAUUGGGACACCGGUCGGGCUCCGAGAACGUCCUAGAACAUCAACGGCCUCAAGACCUGGCCAUGAUUCAACAGGCAAUUGACACCUUGGACGAACUCUGCACGUCAAAUGACCCAAAUAGAGACUCUGCGAUCCAAACAAGAAAUUUGUUGAGCAAACUCCUGAGUAUUGAGGCUGAGGCAGCCGACGGUAUCAUUUACAUUUCAUGCAUUGAAAAGGACAGUGUUGGUUCAGAUGAUGCCCUGUGCGGUACUUCUCACCAAGGCCUGAAGUUUUCCAUUCCGUACUUUGGAGUUAUCUGCGUUAUUCCUGGGCCAGUUCCAAAUCUGCAAAAUGAUGGCCUACUCGCAGGGUCCGCACAGGCAACAGGACCACAAGGCCUUCUCCCUUCGACACUUACACAACUGGAGUUUGAUUGUGGCUUGAAUUCUCAGCUCGCUCUAUCGUCUAAUCUUCAAGCCGAGAUGCAGUUGCUUUAUGACUGGUCACUUGAACCGAACGUCCUCAACGAAGGCUAA